AUUUAUUUUUUGUUUGGCAGAAGAAAUUAUCUAAAAAAAAAAAAAUUUGUGAAAAUGGAAGGCAGCAGCAGUGGAGCAGUCACAGUGGUGAGUUCAGAUGCUCCCUCCGCCUUCCACGUGGCACCCCGGCCGCCCUCGGAGAAGCCGACGGCCGUCGCUGCGGCGGCGCCGGCGGCCGGAAAGAAGAAGAGGGGGCGGCCGAGGAAGUACGAUCAGGACGGCUCACUGGCGAUGGCCUUGUCCUUGUCGCCGAGGGUGAUUUCCUCCUCCUCCGCCGCCGCGACGCCGCCGGUAAUCGACUUCUCCGCCGCCGCGGCGAAGCGCGGCAAAGUCCGGCCGGUCGCCGCCGUGGCGAAGAUUCAAGUGCUGAAAACGGAAACGGCGACGGCUGAGAGCUCCGGUGAAUGGGGUUCGUGCUCGGUAGGCGCUAAUUUUACGCCGCAUAUUAUCACCGUGAAUUCUGGAGAGGACGUCACGAUGAAGGUCAUAUCUUUCUCGCAACAAGGUCCCCGUGCGAUAUGCAUUCUCUCGGCUAAUGGUGUUGUUUCGAGCGUUACGCUUCGCCAACCCGACUCUUCGGGAGGCACACUGACAUACGAGGGUCGGUUCGAGAUCCUCUCGUUGUCGGGAUCGUUCAUGCCGUCCGAGACGGGAGGAAUGAGGAAUCGAUCGGGGGGUAUGAGCGUCUCUUUAGCUAGCCCCGACGGGCGUGUAGUAGGGGGCGGAGUCGCCGGUUCGUUAGUAGCCUCAAGUCCAGUUCAGAUUGUGGUGGGGAGUUUUCUGGCAUCGGGGACCCAGAUCGAUCCUAUCAAACCAAAGAAGCCGAAGCCCGAGCUCCCGCCGACGAGCAUAAUCCCGAUUGGCGGUGGUGCCGUCGUUCCCGUCUCGAGUGUGGGUCCUGCGGCCCCUUUGUUCCGCGGAGAUAGCUGGUCGUCGAUGCCGACUCCCGAUCCUAGCGGUAAGCCCGUUGGCGUUAAUGUAGGCGAUGCUUGAUGAUGUCCGUAUCGAAGAAUCGGGACAUCAUCGUACAAAGACAUGACUUAAAGGAUGAAGAUUGCGAUCUCUCCCCGACCGCAUCUUCCGAUCGAUCGGGUGAUGAAUCCGGCGGUCCGCCGGCUCCGGCCACCGGUGGCCGGAAUCCGGCCGGAGUUUUUGUGGGUUCUAUGGUUGGAGAGAGAUUUUAGACUCUUCAUGGUUUACUUCUUUUUCAAAUUUUCAAAAUUUGCAUAUACUUUGGUUUCUCUAUUUUAAUUUUAAAAAAAAUUAGGAUUGAUGGUUGUUGGAGCUGCUCUUGAAUUUAUAUUUGUACAAGGA